GAGAGUGACACUAACAGAGAGAGGGUGUUUCCAAUAGGCUGGGACUGACGUACCACUAGACUCUUAAAGCCCUGUCGUGAACUGGAAGGAUCCCAGACCACCGCUUGUACCCCCCUGAGCCCUUCACGCGUCUCCCAACCCCAGCUUCAGCCACCUAUCUCCAGCCACAUCCCCCCCACAACCUCCCCCGGGCCUUCUCCACCCUCCACCUGCCUCCUCCACCCAGCCAUGACGGAGGCUGUCCUCACCCUACUCAGGGACUUCUCCAGCAAGACGGACUCCUUCGACGGCUGCGAGCCCAACGGACGACCGGGUCUCCGGGAGCCGGGCCCAGCCAGGGCCCCGCGGGGGGGCCAGCCCAGAGAGGGGCCCACGGAGCGGGGCCGAGCAGAGGGGGGAGAGAGACCCCGCUCCCUGGACAUAGAGAGCGCCUUGGCCUGGCUGCGGUGGGAGCUGAUGGAGAUGCGAUCCCAAGACCAGGUUUUGAUCCGGCAGUUGAUGGAACUUCAUGCGGGAAUCCAAGAACUCAAGCAGCAGCUGUCUGAGGAAAAUCACCAGGACGAAGAUGAUAAUAAUGAGAAUGAUGAUGAUGAUGAUGAUGAUGAUGAUGAUGAUGAUGAUGAUGAUGAUGAUGACAGUGACAAAAGUGAGGAUCACAGCUCCUGGGAGUCUUGCAGCCAGACAGGAAGUGGCAGCUUGAACUCGGUAGGGAACCAAUUUUCUGCUUCCUGUUUGAAGAUGAUCAUGUCCACGCCACUGUCGACCCCACCGUAUCGGCUGGGGUCAACAGCCAAAAGGGUGUCUAAUAGGAGGAGCUCCAUGCCGUGAUCGAUCAAACUUAUCGCAAAACAAAGAAUAAAAUAUGAAGAAUAGACAAUUAUUUUCGUAAGUAGGAAGUUGCAAUGAUGACAUUUGAAGUAUUCUCAAACAAUAUUUACUAUUGUAUUUAUUCGAUUUUGUUAGUUUGCUUAACUCAGACUAACUUUGCCCAUGAAAUGGAUGAAAUCCUUAAAAAAUAUUAUUAUUUACAUUUUGAUGUGAUGUUCAGACAAUGCUAUUACAUUGGGGUUUAAUGAAGUCUUAGAUUUAGAUGACAACGGACAUCUUGUCCUACACUAUCAAUCGACCUAUGGGUACGUUUCUCUGCCCGUAGAGUGUAGAAGUUUAUUCAUAACAGCCGUGGGACAAAAUUAGAAAAACGAUGAACAUGAACAUUUUGAAUGCUUGAAAACAUGUUUAAAUGAACAUAACAUGCAAUCUCGUUUGAGUUCCUCAUCUGUAUAGCAAUAAGUCAUUAACCAUGCGUGUGUCUGUAUGAUCUGUAUGAACCAUGUAC